CGAAAGUGUUUGACGUCAGUGGAGGAGGGACUAGAGAGUUUGUCACUAACACAAAUAAAUAUACAAAGAGUUAUGUCGGAGUUCCUCUUCAAGAAGAUUGCGUGAAGAAUGGAGGGUUCCAAUACCACCUGGGUGCUACUAUUUUUUCUGAACUGUGUAAUUUUACUGGGCAAGUGAUGUUGAAAUUAGUUUUGAAAUAGUUUGGUUUGAUUGUAUCAUUUACGCGAGCGGCGGUUACAAACCAUGUCGCCAAUACUGAUAUGUUUGCCGCAUGAAAACGGUCCUCUUUUAGUAGUCGAGUUUGAAUAUGUCUGACUCAUAGCCUUUAUGGUUUCGAUUUCAGAAGGAUUUCAAUGGUCUUAUCAGCAACAGGCAAACCAUGUAAUCAACGUAGUCGCCGGCUCAAAUGUUUCACUGCCAUGCGAUUAUGUGCUGACUCCUCAAGAAGAACAACAAGCUGAUAUAUUUCAUUUGCUGACCUGGUCCAGAGAACAACCUUACAACAGUGAUGAAUGGGCUGGAUUAGCCAUCAACUCAACAUUGAUUGGAAGCAAAGUCAUUUACGAUCAUCCCCAACACAUUUUCAUUUCGGACAGGACUUUGAAUGUUAUGAACGUAGCCGAAGAAGAUCACACUCGUUACCAAUGCUCAUUUCGAAGUAGUUUCUUCACAUCACCAAGUAUUAUCGAGUUAAACGUACAAUGUAAGUAUUACAUAACUUUAAGGUGUUCUGAAAGUUAGAGGUUAUCCUACCUUACGACUCGCUAAGUAAACGUUCUCUCUUGUCACCUCUGCGACGUAACUCUGAUCAUUAUUGUUCAUAGAACAUUCUCAAAGCAGAAUCUCGUUGUAAAUGUACCUCCAAAAUGAUGUGGUUGGCUUUAGGAAAGAGUAUCAGAUUUCGUCACGUAGCGCGACUCAAACAACUUCGAAGGCUAACGGUAGAUUUACAAUGAUUAAAACUGAAUGGUUCCUUUCGACGAUCGGUCGACGCCAUUUCUUUCGAUUUGUAUCUGGGCUUUCGGUUGUCAAUAAGUUUGUUAUUCACACAUAAGACUUGUCAAUGGUGAUAAAAAAUGUAUAAAUUAGAUAGACACAUGUCAGAUCAUUCGUUGUCAACAAGAAAUUAAUCUUAAUUGGCUUUGCAGAAGAACCAUUUAUAUUUGUUUUUACAAUCCUGUGUUCCCUUUUCCUGUCGGGUCAUUUGCUGCUUUUUCAAACUUAUUAUUCAGGAGCCAUUCUUAGGAAAAAAGGAAGGACACUUGCUUAUGUUUGGGCACAUGAAGAUUGUCAAGAUCUGUUUCCAAAUCACACAUGCUUUGGCCAAUGUGAUAUGUUUAAGAAAGAAUGCUUUCUCUUUCCACAUUUCAACCAAACUAUAUUAGACCCUUUGAAUGAAAAUAACAGUUCAAAUACAUAUAUAAGAUGAAAAGUUCAAAAGAGCCAAGCAAACUUGUAUGAUGGCAAUUAUAAGCAGGUGUUACCAUAAGUAUUAUCGAUUUGCAUAUCAGAAAGCAUCAAAUACGAGAAAUGCAAAAUUUUGCACACUAUCGUGGUGAACAAGGAAAUUUCAUUGGGACAUUUUCGCUGCAUGGUGUUUUUAAAAACAAAUUUACACUUUCUAUAUUGAUUUGCAUUUAAAUGAAAAUUAUAAAAAAAAUUGUUUUAACUUAUCUCAUUGUGAGUCACAUCUCUGCCAUUUCUAAGAGGUAGAAACUGUAAAAGUAUUGUGGUACAAUUUUCUUUAUAUGUAUUCUGGCUUUUAAUUGAAACACUGAAAGAUUUUGCCAGCAAGAUUUGAUUUUCUGCCCUAACUAAAAAAUAUUUCACAGACUGCCUUGAUUUUCCCAUAAGAGAGAAAUAGUACAUUGACGCUUACCGCACUAGAAGCCUGCUAGUCUGUGGAAUAGUAUAAUUAUCCGUUUGAGCUUCCUUUUGGUGUAAAAGGUAAUCAGUCCUAAAUCCCAAGUGCUAAGGUUGACAUUCUGAUAAGGCUGUUAUUAGGCUAAUGCGGUUAUUGGCUGUCUUUAUCUUUGUCGAUUAGCAAGUGUGAUAAAAAGAUUAGGUGAAUAUCAAAGACACGUGACAUGUUGGCUGCCAGGCAACAGGCAAAGUUUCCUGGAAACUUCAGAAAGUGAAGUGUUUCUCAUCUUCAAAAAAUGGAUCAAAUGGGUUGUAAACUAGAUGAAAUCAAUAAAUUAAGAUGUGUGAAGGUAGUUAUCAACAGUCCCUAUGCUUCAUGUUUACAUAUUUCUCAUUUAUUCCCUCUUAAUUGAUUUUGCCAUGAAUUCUUUCUCUCUCUCACUGGCAUCCACCAGUUAGGAGAAGUGAAUAGUAACUAGAUUGCUGGAUGUUUAAUUUCUCCAUGAGUAAAUUAGUAAUUUUGAAGUGCCUAGAGAGAAGCUGUUCGCAUUGUUGUUUUUCUUAUUAUGUAAUUUGAUUCUCCAGACAAACCCACAGACACUCUGCUCAGUAGUUUGGUGGAGCCAGCACAAGAAGGGAAACUCUUAGUGCUCACCUGUACAGCCCGUGCCAAUCCCUCGGCAGAAUAUAAAUUUUACCGCAACAACAAUUUGAUCAGCUCGUCCAGCACAGGUGUACUUACUUUUGUUAGUGUCAAGAAAGAGGACCAAGGAACUUAUCGCUGUGUUCCUUCUAAUAAACUGGGUGACGGCCCAGAAGCAACUCUCACGGUGACAGUUGAAGGUAUGUGACCACACCUCGUUGUACAUUUUUAUUUUAUCAGUAAAGUUUUUAUAAAUACCAUCAUGCCGUUCUAGAAAAAAAAAACACCCUUGCAUGCAAUGUAUUUUACCCCAUUUUUAUUCAACAUGUCCAAAAACUAUUCCAAAGAGGAUUUGGCAUAUUUAAAUUAAUUUAAUGGAGUUACUGAAAGGACUGAACCUGAUUCAGCUACUUUUUAUCAUGUGUUUGUGAUCUAAAAUAUGUCAACUUAUGAUUGUUUCAUGUAGAUAAAGAGGAAUUCCCAGUUUGGGCAUAUGCUGCCAUUGGUGGAAGUGUUUUAUUUGUCCUUUUAAUUGCCUCCUCGAUCAUUGUAUUUUGCCGUUCAAAGAAGCAAAAUAAGAAAGGUAAAUGCUUUUGUCAGUUAACUAUACUGUGUAGUCUUGUAAAGUGUCACAUGCUUAACAUGUGGAAGUAUUCCAAGCUGUUGAAAAAAUGUUGGAGAAUAGCUAGUCCUGAGAGUUACAAUUUUAAUUAUACACACAACAGGAGCUAAGAUGGAUAAAAAAGCUUUGUUUUAACAAAUUUUAUUAUCCUUUUCUUUGAUUUUGAUUUGAACAGAUAAGAGGGAGAUGGGAUCACAGAAUAACAUUUCCAGGUACAAUAAUCAUGAUUUCAUACUACUUAAAUUAUCCUGAAACAGAAGCACAUAUUGUACCUUAGACCAGUGUAAAACUUAAAUCAUCAUUUUCUUACUUGAAGUUGUAUUUAUCUUUUGCUCUCUCAGACAAGGAACCAAGAGAGGCUCUCACAUUGGUUCUACUCUCUAUGGAGAUCAGACGAAUGGGGGAAUGGAGGUGAGCGAUCUUUGUGCGCAAAUGUGUCAUACAUUUUGAUUUAAGUGCAGUGAAUAGUUUUGCACCUCUGAAACAAACAUUCGUUCAGAAUUUUGCCCUAUAUUGUGUAAUUUUUUUUGGGGGAGGGAGAUAAAGAAAUUUUUCAAGUAUCAUUCAAAAUGAACUUAGUUAUUGGUGGAAGUGUUCCUACCUAUAGUCAUUGGUUGAUCCUAUGGGCAUGUUGUUUCAUUUGCAUGAUUUUUCUUUUUCUCCUAGAUUGGUUAUCCGAAUGGAGCCUUGAGCCUAAAUGAUGUUAGAAUGAGUCGUGAGGUUUGUAUUCCUUUGUUUUCAAUGUAUUUUUUGUGGAGUCUGUCGAUCCCAAUGAUUUUGUCAUACUGUCGUCACUUGUUGUACCCAGGUGGUUGUCAUCCUACCAGCAAGUGCAUUAUAAGCCCGACGACAAACUCCUGUCUUUGAAAACUUUCAUUUAUUUUGUUUCCUGUUAGUUUGUCAAUUUUCUUACUAAUUGUGAAAAUAGUAUUUUCAUCUCCUAGAUGCCAAUGUCAAAGAAAUUUUCAAAUAUCAUUACCUGGAAUGAUACAUUGAAUGUAGCAAUUGGCAGAAAGUGUUCCCACCAAUUUAGAAAUAUGUCAUCAAUGGUUCUACAUGCAUGUUUUUUUCGUUUCUGUAAUUAAUGUUUGAUGUUACUUUUUCUUAUAGUUUGGUUAUAUGAACGGAGCCAUAAGUCUGACUGAUGUUAGAAUGAGUCGCGAGGUUUGUGUCCCUCAGUUUUCAGUCUAUCAGCUAGCAUAGUCUCAUUUGAUCCCACUGUUAUUGUCAUAGCAUCGUCACUUGUGCUCAGAUUGUUAUCAUCUUACCAGCAAGUGCAUUCUAAGCUGCCAAACUGUUGUUUUUGAACUCUUUCAUUUGUUUUGGUUCUAUCACUUUGUCAAUUUUCUUACUCAUUGCAAUAAUGAUAUUUUUGUCUCUUAGAUGCCUGAUGUAAUGAAGGGGGCCAUGAGUGCAAAUGACAUUAGAUUGGCAGAGGUGAGUAUUCAUUAGAGUUUUCAUGCACACAGUUUGUAAAUACAUGCCUAAUUUGAUGCUUUAGCAAGAAAUACACUUGUUAACAGGUUCAGGGUGUAAUGUAUGUAGAGGUGAAUUAAGAGUUACUAUGGUCUCCUUUCCUGAGUUUACAUGUGCAGGAGAGCGAUAGUCCACCUUUCCUGCAAGGUAUUCGUGUCAUUGGGCUUAUUCUCAACCAAAUCAUUUGUGAGACACCAUGUUCCCUAACAAUUUUGGUUAACGCAUAGGAGGUAACCUUAAGCACAAAAUUCAUCCACAAGAAGCAGUGACAUUCGCUCAACUUUCAUUCAUUUCAAGGUACUUAUGAUCAUAAUGUUGCUCGGUAGUUCAGUGUUCCCUGUUAAAGUUGAAUUCUUCCUUUACUGAAACCAGGACCAACGCUCCACAGUUGGUGUAGCCUACCCUACCCGAUCUGUUAUUCAACUGAUUGCGGCUGAAGGAGAAGUAGACUCUAGAAUUUAAUGCAACAGAACAUAAGACGCUCAUCCAAGAUGAAGACAGAUGUGAGCAGCUCCCACAUUGCUGGAUAUUGCAUCACCUGUAAUGUUCUGUUUUACAGUCAACAGACAACCUACAGUGGAAGGGUUCCACUUAAAAAUUUUUAUAUUCAAACUAAAAUUAUUUAUUAAUUACCACCACAGUCGUCGCUAUUUGUAACUGUCACAGUUUUAAUCAUUUUCAAAACUUUUUUACUUUUGUAUUUUGUAGUGAAUUGAAUUUUUACUGUUGGCUGUCAAUGUAUUUAAUACAGAACAU